AUGUCGGACGCGGGCGGCGGAGGUCCCGGCGGGGGCGGCGAGGAGGGCGGCCUGGAGGUGCCGGGCUCGGCGGUGCAGAAUGUGGCCGAUGUCUCGGUGCUGCAGAAGCACCUGCGCAAGCUGGUGCCGCUGCUGCUGGAGGACGGCGGGGAGGUCCCGGCCGCGCUCGAGGCGGCGCUGGAGGAGAAGGGCGCCCUGGAGCAGAUGCGCAAGUUCCUCUCCGACCCGCAGGUGCACACGGUGCUGGUGGAGCGCUCCACGCUCAAGGAAGAUGUGGGUGAUGAAGGAGAAGAGGAAAGAGAAUUCAUAUCCUAUAGCAUUAAUACUGACAUUUGUUAUGGGCUGAAGUCAAACAGUUUGGCAUUCAUUAAGCGUACACCAGUGAUCGAUGCUGACAAACCAGUGUCCUCCCAACUGAGAGUGCUUACUCUUAGUGAAGAUUCUCCUUAUGAAACAUUGCAUUCUUUCAUUAGCAAUGCUGUUGCUCCGUUUUUUAAGUCCUAUAUCAGAGAGUCUGGCAAAGCAGACAGGGAUGGUGAUAAAAUGGCUCCAUCAGUUGAGAAAAAAAUUGCAGAACUUGAAAUGGGACUGCUGCACUUGCAGCAGAAUAUUGCAAUUCCAGAGAUCACACCUAUUGGACAAGCCAUUCAUCGUUUACUCUUGAUCCAGGCAUUCCGUCCAGACCGUCUGCUGGCCAUGGCACAUGCCUUUGUUUCAGCAAACCUUGGCGAAUCUUUUAUGUCUAUUAUGGAGCAGCCAUUAGAUCUGACACACAUUGUAAAUACUGAGGUGAAACCUAAUACUCCUGUACUGAUGUGUUCUGUACCUGGCUAUGAUGCCAGUGGCCAUGUUGAAGAUCUUGCAGCUGAACAAAACACACAGAUUACCUCUAUUGCUAUAGGCUCUGCUGAAGGAUUUAAUCAAGCAGAUAAGGCAAUAAACACAGCAGUGAAAUCUGGCAGGUGGGUGAUGCUAAAGAAUGUCCAUCUGGCUCCUGGUUGGUUGAUGCAGCUAGACAAGAAGCUGCAUUCUUUACAACCUCAUGCUUGCUUCAGCUUCCUUACAAUGGAGAUAAAUCCCAAGGUGCCGGUGAAUUUGCUACGUGCUGGUCGGAUCUUUGUGUUUGAACCUCCUCCUGGUGUAAAGGCAAACAUGCUGAGGACAUUCAGUAGUAUUCCUGUGUCUAGAAUAUGCAAGUCUCCAAACGAACGUGCUCGUUUAUAUUUCCUCCUUGCCUGGUUCCAUGCCAUCAUUCAAGAAUGUUUGCGAUAUGCUCCCCUGGGCUGGUCCAAGAAAUAUGAAUUUGGUGAAUCUGAUCUGAGAUCUGCCUGCGACACAAUAGAUACAUGGCUGGAUGAUACAGCAAAAGGCCGCCAGAAUAUUUCACCAGAUAAGAUCCCCUGGUCUGCUCUGAAGACAUUGAUGGCACAGUCCAUUUAUGGAGGUCGCAUUGAUAAUGCAUUUGAUCAGCGUCUGCUAAACACUUUCCUGGAGCGUUUGUUUACCACUUUGAGCUUUGAUAGUGAAUUCAAACUGGCUUGCAAGGUUGAUGGACAUAAAGAUAUUCAAAUGCCAGAUGGAAUCAGACAUGAAGAAUUUGUCCAAUGGGUUGAGUUGCUGCCAGAUACACAAACCCCAUCCUGGCUUGGUUUACCAAACAAUGCAGAAAAAGUUCUUCUCACCACAAAGGGUAUUGACAUGAUAAGUAAAAUGCUGAAAAUGCAGAUGCUAGAGGAUGAGGAUGAUCUAGCUUAUGCAGAAACUGAGAAGGCAAGAACAGAUUCAACUUCAGAUGGGUGACCGUCCUGGAUGAGAACACUGCACACCACAGCCUCCAAUUGGUUCCAUCUUAUUCCACAAACUCUAAAACAUCUUACACGAACAGUGGAAAAUAUUAAGGAUCCGUUGUUCCGAUUCUUUGAGAGAGAGGUGAAAAUGGGGGCCAAAUUACUUCAGGAUGUCCGUCAGGAUCUUGCAGAUGUGGUUCAGGUUUGUGAAGGCAAGAAGAAACAGACCAACUACUUGCGUACACUAAUAAAUGAAUUGGUGAAAGGUAUCCUGCCUCGUAGCUGGUCUCAUUACACUGUACCUGCUGGCAUGACUGUUAUUCAGUGGAUGUCUGACUUCAGUGAACGCAUUAAACAACUACAGAAUAUUUCCCAGGCAGCUGCUUCUGGUGGAGCAAAAGAACUAAAGAACAUCCAUGUGUGCCUGGGUGGCUUGUUUGUACCCGAGGCUUAUAUUACUGCUAUAAGACAAUAUGUGGCUCAAGCAAACAGCUGGUCCCUGGAAGAACUUUGUCUAGAAGUCAAAGUUACAACUACUCAGAAUGCAGUCCUGGAUGCUUGCAGUUUUGGAGUCACAGGUUUGAAGCUUCAGGGAGCUACAUGCAGUAACAAUAAACUGUCCCUUUCAAAUGCUAUAUCAACAAUAUUGCCCAUAACGCAGCUUCGCUGGAUCAAGCAGACAAAUACAGAUAAAAAGGCUAAUGUGGUUACAUUACCAGUUUAUCUGAACUUCACCCGUGCUGAUCUGAUCUUCACUGUUGACUUUGAAAUAGCCACCAAAGAAGAUCCUUGCAGUUUCUGUGAACGUGGUGUUGCAGUCCUUUGCACAGAGUAA